AUGGACCCCCUCUCGGCGAUCGGCCUCGCGAGCAACAUCCUACAGUUCAUAAGCUUCUGCGGCGGGCUAUUCUCGGAAUCCCGAGACAUAUACCACUCCUUCAGCGGCACAACCAAGGAAUUCGAAGGACUCGAGGACAUGUGCAAAUACCUCGCGAAACUCACCUCUGCAUUGACGCCGGCAGAGUCCCCCGACUCACUCAACUCGUUGCCGGCGAGCCUGAAGCCCAUGCAGGCAGAGAUCGACAUAGUGGCCCUGGCCUCGAAAUGCAAAGACACCGCGGGGAGCUUGUCCGAUUAUCUCAAAGGUAUGCGCCUGGGUGAUGCCUCUCGGACAAGGGGCGCAAGCCUUCUGUUAGCUGUCAAGGGAAGGCUGGGCAGGCAUCGAAUCAAUGAGAUGCAGAAAACGCUGGAUCGGUAUCGAAAUGAUCUGAUAGACUGCAGCAGGACAAAUCUAAUUAAUCAACGGGCCCGCAGCAAGAGACAAUCCAGCGUGCUGAUGUACUUGGAGGAGCUUAAAGUAGCAAAUCUGAACCUGGUACAUGACCAUUCGACCAAGUUGAACGAGAUUCUGGAACUCGUUCGAAUGAUUCCUAGCCAGGCGAGUAAGGUGCUUAAGGAAGACGAUGAUUCGGUCCUCUUCCAGGCCAUGUCUAAGGCGCUUGAGACCAUCGCGGCUUCGUCGGCCCGGCAGUGGCUCCCGGAACAUGAGAUUGUCCACAGUCUCUACUUCGACUCGUUGAUUGUCCGACACGAGUCCAUUCAAGGUGCUCACAGGAAAACGUUCGAAUGGCUGUUGCGGAGUCGCGGAAAGAGACCGGGUCGGGAUAGGUCCUGUCCUCAAGCCACGCUUCUAGAAUGGCUGCAGUCCGGAAGCGGCAUGUACUGGGUAUCGGGCAAGCCGGGAUCGGGGAAGUCAACUUUGAUGAAGUUCAUUGCUGACCACCAGGAAACGCAAAAGGCUCUUGAUAGAUGGGCGGGGCCGAGCGAGUGCACGACGGCAGCCUUUUACUUCUGGAGUGCGGGGGCGCGCCUGCAAAAGUCGGUGGAAGGGCUGUUGAGGUCGUUGCUGUUUGAGGUCCUUGUCCAUGUCUCGGAGCUCAUCCCCGUCGUGUUCCCCGAACGGUGGGCCUCUAUGACGGCAACAAGCAUGAAGCGUAGGCGGAACUUUGGUGUCAACAGCGACAAGCGUCGGCGAGACUGGACCGUCCAGGAGCUAUCUGAGGCACUGUAUCGGUUGUCGAAAACCCCUGACGGUUCCUCGAAGCGGUUCUGCUUCUUCAUUGACGGGUUGGACGAGUAUCACGGCGACCAUCGCGAGCUCAUCCGGAUUCUGUCCGCCAUAUCGGCGAACCACAACAUCAAGCUGUGUGUUUCGAGCCGCCCAUGGAAUGUCUUUGAAGACGCGCUUGGCCAGGACUCGUCUCGGAAGCUCUAUGUCCACGAGCUCACGCGAAACGACAUCAUAGAAUACACCAAUUCGACGUUCCAGCAGGAUGCAAACUGGGUAUCCGGAGCUAGGAUUAACCCCCGAUACGGCAUGUUGGUCGACGAGAUUACCGACAAGGCGCAGGGAGUAUUCCUGUGGGUUGUGCUCGUUGUCAGAUCUCUGCGGGAGGGGCUAAGCAAUGGCGACUCGCUGCACAUGCUGGAGCUGAGAAUCAAGAACAUGCCCCAGGAGCUGGGGCCCUUCUUCCGGCACAUCCUCUCGUCCAUCUCGUCCAUAUACCACGUGCAGAUGGCUCUGUCUUUCCAGGUCGCUCUCAAUGCUUCUAGGCCGCUCACCCUCAUGCACUUCUCGUUUCUCGACGACUGUUUCGAGACCGAGCAGUUUGCAUUCCGCGCCCCGAUCAGGCCGAUGGACAACCACGACAUAUUCAGUCGACACCAGACAGUGCGUCGGCGGCUGAAUGCUCGCUGCAAGGGAUUCCUCGAGGCACACCUACACCCUCCCGAGACACGGCCGCAUCUCGCGCACAGGGUGGACUUUCUCCACCGUACCGUGCGAGACUUCCUUCGGACGGACGAGAUGGCGCAGUUCCUCGAGGACCUGCUGGGAGACUACCCGACGAACACAGUCAUGGCAAAUGCAUAUUUAGCCUUCAUCAAGAGUCUUCCGCCCGAUGGUUCCGCUGCGGCACUGGUGGAGGAGGCUCUGCACUAUUCGCACAAAGCAGAGAAGGAGUCGGCAGAGGUGGCCGUCCAGUGCGUCGAUGAACUCCUCCACACGGUCCGCGCUAUGAAGCUGGAUCUAGCGAGUCCGACGGAGUUCUCCCGCUUGGUUGUACGAAACGGACUGUGCGAAUACGUUUCCACCGCGAUACAGGCCGGCUCCGAUGGUUUCACCGACACCUCGCAUCUCCUCGAUAUCGCUCUUCAAAACGCCAGCUCCAUUAACCCCGACGACCCCGACAUGAACGACAUGGUGUCAAUGCUUCUGAACGAAACUACGAAGCUUAGUAACAAGCAAUGGCGCCUGUAUGUCAUAGGUCUCCAGUCGUCGGUCGGGCGAACAACCGACCCGGAUAUGGUGAAGUGCCACUCGCGAAUGCUGAGCCUAGUCCUCCCGCACGUCGAGAAUGUCAACGCCCUGAACCUAGCCAGUGUAACAUGGGGCGGCCUGUUUGCCAACAUUGUUUCCGACACGGACGCACCGCGGGCCGUGGGAAAUAUACGGCAGAAGAUGCUGGCAGAGCUACUAGCAUACUGGGCGGAUCCCAACGGCGCGUACAGGGGCCAGACUAUUUGGGCCUGGCUGUGCGGCAUCCUCCGUCUUUGUACGGAAAACGAGGCCUCUCAGCGAAACGCCAUUCGGAUGGAGUUUUUGUCGAACCUAACGGAGAUGCUGCUGAAGGCAGGCGCUGAUACCAGCCAUGCCAGUUCGCUGACUGUCGACGAAGCGCGGUCUAUCUUCCCUGCUCGAUUGGCAAAUCCCAUCUGCGACUUGUUGAGGAAGCAGCCUGUGUCUCCGAGUCCUGUUACUGGUUGGGGUGCUUACUUUCUGUCUUUUGUCCCAGGAUUUUCUAGGUUUUCGUCAGCCACGCCGGCGAACAGUCCGGCUUACUGAAUAAAUCCAUAAACGAUCUUU